CAGAAAUGGCGAUGUGAAUCCCCUGAAGAAAUUGGGGGAAAAAAACCUGACUACUUGGUUAGACCAUAACCAUAACCAUAAGGUUGGGACCGCUGAGGAUGUUCUUCUUCACUGAUCAAACUUCUGUCUAACAAAUGAGGAACCUGGACUUCAAGGAAGGAGACGAAGAAGAAGGUCAGAGUGUUGAAUGUGAUAGAAACCUGCAGAAAAUAGGAAGCAAAUGAGCAGAAGGAGGGGGAAAAAACAAAACCUCAGGGAAGUCAAGUCUUGGGGGACCUAGUGAUUGAGCCUUCAGAGUGAAUAACACGUCAAGCUAGAACAGGAGAGACGCUGGAUGAGAGAGCACUGUUCAACAGCAGAGAGGCAGUAAGAGGAGAGGAGGAGAUAAGCAGUUGAGAGCAAAAUUAGUGUACAAGGAAAGAGAGGUUGACGCUGGACUCAGGACUGAAGAGAGAUCAGGGUUGGUAGAGGGGUUGUGGUGGAGGGGUGCUGGGAGACCCGAUCAACAGAACGUGAGAACCCGCAGGAGAAGCAGAGGAGAGGGGCAGAAAAGAAGGGAAAGAAAGAAUUACAAGAGGACGCUUGGCGAAAGAAGCCUCUUAAAUCUGGGAGCUGGAAUUAGAGCCGCAGAAACUACAGAGAGGAAGCCACAAAACCACAUUGAAGAUGCCGUCAAAUGGGAAUCGUCCCCUGAAGUUGCAGUUCGGUCUAAUCAACCAUGAGGGUCGCUACCUCACAGCUGAGACCUUUGGCUUCAAGGUAAAUGCAUCUGCACCCAGCUUGAAGAAGAAACAGAUAUGGACUCUUGAGCAGGACUCUCAGGACACCCAGGUGGUCUACUUGCGCAGCCACCUGGGACGCUACCUGACCUCCGACAAGGAUGGCAAGGUCACCUGUGAGGCCGAUGGGCACAAUUCAGACUGCCGCUUCCUCAUCGUGGCUCAGUCAGAUGGCCGCUGGGCCCUGCAGUCUGAGCAGCACCUCCGCUUCUUCGGCGGCUCUCGGGACUACCUGUCCUGCUUUGCCCAGGUAAUAACAGAUGCUGAGCUGUGGUCAGUGCACCUGGCUCUACAUCCACAGGCUAACCUACUGUCUGUGGCCCGCAAGCGUUACGCCCAUCUCUCCAUGGAGGAUGGCGAGAUUGCUGUGGAUCUGAACAUUCCCUGGGGAGUGGUAGCACUCCUGACCCUUGUCUACCUGGACGGGAAGUACUGCUUAAAGACCUGUGACAGCCGCUUCCUUAGUAAUGAUGGGAAGCUCUUGACAGAGAGCGGCAGGGCCACAGCGUACACACUGGAGCUGAAGUGUGGGAAGCUGGCCUUCAAAGACUGUGAAGGGAAGUACUUGUCUCCUAUGGGGCCCACAGGCACCUUGAGGUCUGGGCGGUGCUCCAAACCAGGCAAAGAUGAACUGUUUGACCUGGAGGAGAGCCACCCGCAGGUGGUUCUGAUGGCAGCCAAUGGGCGAUAUGUCUCCAUAAGACAAGGAGUAAGCCUCGCAGCCAACCAGGAGGAUGAAACGGACAUGGAGACGUUUCAGAUGGAGAUUGACAAGGAAACCAGGAAGUGUACGUUCCGCACCAGCCAAGGGAACUACUGGGCCCUGGUGGCCCACGGAGGCAUCCAGAGUACUGCCACUGAAAUGUCAGCAAGCACCAUGUUUUCAGUGGAGUGGCUUGGCCACAAGGUGGCACUAAAAGCCAACAAUGGAAAAUACAUCUGCACCAAGAAGAAUGGCCAGCUACUUGCUGUCAGUGAUUCCCUAGGUGAGGACGAGCAGCUCACUCUGAAACUGAUCAACCGGCCCAUGCUGAUCCUGAGAGGAGAGAACGGUUUUGUCUGCCACCACAGGAACUCCAACACGCUGGAUGCCAGCAGAUCCGUCUACGACAUUUUCACCCUGCAAUUCAGCAAUGGGUCAUACCACAUUAAAGGUGUGGAUGACCGGUUCUGGUAUGUGAACAGUGCCGGGCUGGUGUGCUCAGACGGUGAGACCCCUGAGGAUUUUACUCUGGAGCUCCUGGAGCACGGCCGCCUCGCCAUCCGUGGCAAGAGCGGCAAAUACCUGCGUGGAGACCCAGGAGGUACGCUGAAAGGAGACGGACUCAGCCUUAACAGCUCAGCUUUGUGGGAGUAUUAAUGCAGAACAGAAGCGAGGCCUAAAACUCUUACUCCUGUUAUCAUAGAGGUGACUGCUAGUCACCACUGCUGGGCCAGCAUCAAUACUUUAUGGAAAACUAAACUCUGUGGCAUUAUGAGGUGUUGUUGCUCCUCAGCGAUGAGGUGCAGCCUCUACUGACUUCAUUCCACUCUUUUCCUCUUCCCUGUUGCAACAGAGGACUCACAGAGACAACAAACUCAUACAGGGAGGAGAAAGUGCAAGAAUGCAUAUUGAGCCAAGAAAAGUCUUGAUGAAAUGAACAGUGUUUUGAGCCACUGCUUGUUCUUAAAACAGCAAAAUUGGUGUGACUGAACAUUAGAGUUUUUGUGUUUUUACUUAACAUUUUUUUCCAAUUAGCGUUUGCUGAACGAUUAAAUUGUUGUCUGAUCUUAAAGAUUAAAAAAAAGUCUUCCUCUCAGUCAAGACAUGUAGAUUUCACAACAUCUUUUCAACCCCUGCAGAUGUAAAACGAAGCAUCAUUGUCAUUACAGGUAUUACAUGAGUGACUACAAGGAAACAAAGUGGUGACACAGAUGUGUAAUGACACUUGCCACUUAUCCAGUCCAAGAAGUGAGUCAGUAGGCCAUUUGAGACAGUCACCAUUAAGCAUGAGGUCACCUUUUAAAGGAGUUCAGUCAUUAGCAUGGUACUACUGUCUGAGGAUGUUUAUUAGCAGACAAGAAUGAUUGGGUUUCUAGUAAUUGCCUGUAGAAACAGAAGAAGACUGUAGCCAAGACUGUACUGUAUAUGGUAGCAGAACUAAUUGGAUCAUUUUAACCUGCAGCUGGAUGUGGGAGGAUUUUUCAUUUGUCUCUCUGUUAUGUUUUUCUACAUUUCUUCUUUCUUUUAUGAACUUAGAGAUAAAACAAUAAACCUGUAUGGCAGUUAUGUUUUGUUUUAGCAAUGCUGCAUUUCUAUCAGGAUAAUAACAAUCAAGGCUGAUUUAAGGGUACUUUCACACCUUUUAGUUCUGGUCCAGUUCACGUUAUGAAGGCUGUAA